AUGCCUCCUCUGAGAGAGUUCUCCGAUAAUCCCCUACAAACAAGGGAUGACCUGGAGUUGGCAGCUCUCUCCAUACUCGAGCCCUUGCAUGCAUACUUCUCACCUGGUCGAGCCAAAAUCCGCCUCCCCGUUGGGACAGGUGCACAUUUUGAUGACUUGGCUGCUCAAUUGGAAGGGUUUGCUCGUCCACUCUGGACAGUUGGUGCCAUUCUCGAAGGAUCAAGCACAACGGCAUUCAACAACACCGGGACAAGUUUAUCGGCCCGUUCCAGGAAAAUAAUUGAGCCAUGGGUUGAAGGCUUUCGCACUGGCACAGAUCCAGAUCAUGAAGACUACUGGGGCGAGAUUAGCGAACUCGGUCAACGCAUGGUCGAGGCAGAGAUUAUAUCUUUUGCCUUGAUCUCUGCCCCGUAUUAUCUUUACCACAACCAGGAGAAGCGGACACAGUACAAUAUCGAGGCGUGGCUGCGUGGUAUGAACAACAAGCCAAUGCCAGAUAACAACUGGCGGUGGUUUCGAGUGAUUUCGAACCUUGCCCUCAUCCGUGUCUGCGGUGUGCCAGCCCAAGAGCUUGCCAGCACAAUGGACUCUGACUUCACCAUUUUGGACUCGUUUUACCUCGAGGAUGGCUGGUCUGGUGACGGUCCGUGGCUGAGCACCGAACAAGAAAAGCAGCAAGACGCGGCGUACGAAAAGACAGGCCGAAGAGAUGCAAUUGGCCCCGGACGUCAGGCGGACUAUUACUCUGGAAGCUUUGCAAUUCAAUUUAGCCAGCUUCUAUAUAUCAAAUUCGCCAGUGAUAUUGAUCCACAGCGGGUCACCAAAUAUCAGCAGCAAGCGAGGGAAUUUGGAGCUUCGAUCUGGAAAUAUUUUGACGCAGACGGCUCCGCAAUACCAUUCGGUCGAUCUCUCGCAUAUCGAUUCGCCUGUGGCGGGUUCUUUGCGGCUCUAGCCGUGGCAAAGGUUCCAGACAUGCCAUUCCCGCUGGCAGAUCCCGGUAGUAUCAAGGGAUUUUUAUUGCGCCACCUCCGUUGGUGGGCAAAGAAUUCAGAUGACAUUUUCCAUGCCGAUGGUACAUUGAACAUCGGCUGGAAGUACCCAAAUAUGUUUAUGUGUGAGGACUACAACUCUCCACAGUCACCUUACUGGUGUAUGAAAACACUUAUUGCUCUAUCUUUGAGUGAAAACGACGAGUUCUGGACAGCCCCAGAACAGCCGUAUCCACCAUUGUUCAGGCCCAGCCUUGUCCCUGCUCCUAGGCAAAUCGUCAGCAAUCACCCGAAGGGCAAUCAUCACUUCUUUCUCUCACCAGCCCAGUUUGUCGCUUGGCCGAUGAAGGCAACGCAGGCCAAAUAUUCCAAGUUUGAGUAUUCGUCGGCAUUCACUUUUUCCGUCCCUACCGGCCCACUGAUUCAGCAAAUUGCUCCAGAUUGCAUGCUGGCCUUGAGCCGUGAUGGUGCUGAGUCCUGGGCCGUGAAAUGGAAAUGCUCACAAGCUACGUUUCCCCAAGCUAGUCUCCACGCCAAUGGAGAUCAGACUUCAGUUACCGUUGCAAGGGUACGUUGGUGUCCUUGGGGAGAUAGGCAAAUCGAGAUCGAAACGACUCUUGUUCCGCCGACGGAUAGGUGGCCAGACUGGCACGUUCGCGUUCACCGUAUCUGCGUGAAGACUUCGUUGCGAACUUUACAUACGACCGAAGGCGGGUUCGCGUCGCCAUCACGUUGCUCCAAAGAUGGCACCAAGAUUCCCUUUAUCAGCAAGCUUCAUGCCAACGCAGAGCUCGGGACAUCCGAAGGCAUUCUCAGAUCCGAAGACUCCACCCUGAUACUCUCGGCUGCUGGCUGCAGCGGCGUAUCGGUCACUUCACUAAACAUUGCGCCGUUGCCGACACAAACAAGCUCUAGUGCCCUCCAGCCAGAUUCCAAUACAAACUUGGCUUACCCCAGAACUGUGAUUCCAGUUUUGGAGCGCAACAAGAUCGAUGGGUUGGAAGCUGGCACUGAGUUUGUAUUCGCCACGAGCGUAUUUGCCAUAUCAGCUGGGGCCAACGGUGGCAGGAAGAUUGUUCACAGAAGUCUAGCUGAGAGAUGGGCAGAUAAGCCCCGCAUUCUUAUUUCGCCGACUGAUGGGUAUACUAAGGAGACAGACUGCAUAGUUUUGGAUGGUUAA